AUGUUACAAAUAAAGAAAGCUCCCAUUGAAAAACAUGUUUACUUUUUGGAAUCAUUUUGUACUUUAGAAUCUUAUUGUAUAUUUAGAUUUAUAAAUGAGUUUGGAAGUAAUCAAGUUGCUAGAUACUACAAGUGGUCUCACGUGGUUGUAUCUCUACCAACGUUGCUCACCUAUGGUUAUUUAGAUCAGUUGAAACGCUCGAUCGAUAAUAAUUUGAUAUGUUUUGUAUCACAUCAUCAAGCCUCAGCUGUCCAUGCUAUUGAUCUGUUCAAUCACAUAAGAAUCUACUUGCACUAUAUCAUUAGGUUUGGCUAUUACGAUAUGAUAGUGUAUCUCUCUAGUAAAUAUAGAAAUAAGAAUUGGUAUGUCGCAGACUGUGUAAUCAAUUCACUGGCGUAUCGUCGUUGGAAUUUCGUUCGAUUCUUCAUGGAGAAUAGAUUCUCUGAGAUCGAUCGGGAGUUCUACCCAAAGAUUAUAUCUUCUGCAGCCAUCUCCACCGACAUGGAUAUAUUGAGAUACACAUGCGAGAAACUCAAUUACUUUCAAAUCGACAAGCUAUCUUUCUAUCAUCUGGUGGAGUGUGGAUAUUCCAAUAUCGUUAAGUACUUUCUCGAGCCUAAUCAAAGCAAUAAGAGCGGUACAAUGGAAUGUCCUUCGGAAGCGGCAGAGAGAGCAGCUCAGAGAUCUGCACCAAACCUACUAGAGUAUUUCAGUGAGAAUCAUCCAUCGACAAUAACAACUAAAGUAUUGGAUACACUUGCCAAGCAAGGUGAUUUCACACUCCUUAAGAAGCUAAUUGGCCGUCACACUAAGGUUGAAUGCUCUACUUUGGCAAUAGAUCAAGCGGCAAUGAAUGGAAAGCUAACAAUCGUUCAAUGGUUAACAGAGAAUUCAAAGAGUGGAUGUUCUACAGACGCGCUAGACUAUGCAGCUGAACGAGGUCAUCUAAAUAUUGUUGAAUAUCUGCACCAUAAUCGAGUGGAAGGAUGUACAAAGCGAGCAUUAAAUUUAGCAGCAACAAACGGUCACCUGGAGGUCGUUAAGUUCUUACAUUAUAAUCGAAGUGAAGGAUGUACUACCGCUGCAGCAGAUGGUGCAUCACAGAAUGGACAUCUUGAAACACUUCGGUUCCUACUGGACAAUCGUAGUGAGGGUUAUUCAAACCAGAUAUUAGACAAGACAGCCAAGAGAGGAUCGAUAGAAACACUCAAAUUCCUUGGAGAGCGAACUACAGAUUUGAAAGUACACAGCAAUACUCUUAGCAAUUGUUCAAACUUUGGGUAUUUAGAGGUGAUCCAGCAUUUGGUGGAAGUCUAUCGAGUUCCAAUCGAUAGCAAAUCGAUCGAAAAAGCAAUCAUUUUCAACUAUAUCGAUAUAGUUAGAUAUCUGCUGGCUAACAGUGAUGGUGUUCAUAGAAGAUACCAAUGUAGUCCAGAACAGUUGAAAAUGAUCAUAACAAGCGAUAACCUUGAUAUGUUAAAGUUACUUUGGGAGUAUCAGACAUUUACACAGCUGAGUUUCGGUACUCUCGCAUUACAUGGUAGAUUUGAAAUGAUACAGUACUCAAUAGAUAAUAAGAUUCAUCUUGAUUGUUUUGUAAACCAAUUAGAAUAA